CAUGGGGUUUUCUUAAAUUUUCUCUUCCAGCUCAAAAUAAUCUCAGGAUUAUAAACAAAUUUACACAUCUUCUUGCUUCCGAGUUGUUUCUGGGGUUUGAUGUCAUUGUUAAUUUGUUAUGAAGCGGUUGAAUUCCGAGUGUUCAAGUGUGGUUAGAGAUAUGGAUUCUGCUAGGGUUUUUGGUAAUAGUUUUGUUUCUUUUACUGAUAAUGAUGGUUCGUGUAAAAAUUUGGAAGCGAUUGAUCAGUCCGAAGCUUUCCUUAUAGAGCUUGAUUCGCUUGCUACAGACACUAGAAGUGAUGAUGAGAAGAAGAACACAGGGAUGGCUUCGAAGGUUCGGGACUACAAAUCUUACUUGUCUGAGUUCGAUGAUUAUGUUGCAAGCGAGAGAAUGGAUUCUAAAGUUUCUAAGGAUGGGUUUGAAGUGGGAGAUAUGGUAUGGGGGAAGGUAAAGUCACAUCCUUGGUGGCCAGGUCAAAUAUUCAAUGAAGCUUUUGCGUCUCCCUCUGUUCGUCGUAUGAAGAAGAUGGGUUACGUUUUAGUUGCUUUCUUUGGAGAUUCUAGUUAUGGUUGGUUUGAUCCUUUUGAGCUUAUUCCUUUUGAGCCUCAUGUCUCAGAGAAAUCACAGCAAACUGAUUCGAUUCACUUUGCAAAAGCUGUUGAGGAAGCUAUGGAUGAAGUUGGUAGAAGGUCAGCUCUUGGUUUGACUUGUAAAUGUCGGAAUCUUUCUAACUUUAGGGCUACUAGUUUUAAAGGUUACUUUGUUGUUGAUGUGCCUGAUUACGAGCAUCGAGCUGUUUACUCUUCUAAGCAGAUUCAGAAAGCUAGAGAUAGUUUUUCAUCUGUUCAAACUCUAGCUUUUGUCAAGGGAUGUGCAUUAGCACCUCAAGAGUGUUGUGAUGAUUCAGAAGACAGCAUCAAGUCUUUCCAGAAGAGAGUAGCGGUUUAUGCUUUCCGCAGGGCAGUGUUUGAGGAGUUUGAUGAAACUUAUGAGCAGGCCUUCAGGGCAAGAUCUUCUCUGACGACACAGGAACCACUUAAUAGAGCACCCCCUCGAGCCCCCUUGAGUGGUUCACUGGUCAGUGCAGUAACUCUGAGCAACACAAAGAUCUCUACACAAGCUAUCAAAGUAAAGGAUUCUACUAAACAAGAAAAAUAUCAUCCCAAAAGAAGAGAGGAAGCUUGUGAUAUGACAGUUGAAUUUGGCCAGGUCCAAGCAUCUUUUGAGCUUCAGAGCAUCGACGGAUCUUCAGCUGGGGAUCAUAUACUGCAGAGAAGGACUCCACAUCUCCAAACUCCCAGGAAACAUGAGCAGACCGGGCAUGUCAGCGUGAACUUCACCUCUUCAACCGGUGAUAUUCCUAUAAAGAAAUCCUCUGUUUCAAAGCUCUCACAUGAUGAUGACAAGGGUCUAUCUCAAGAAUCAAAGGUGAAAAUGGGAGAAGUAGCUACUCUACUUCCAGAUCAUGAGAAAUUUGAAGCAAUGACCUGCCUUAAACAAGAUGAGACUGGAACAAUUUCUAGAUCUAACCAAGGCGCUCUACCGCCGUUUAUUGAGGGGAAACGUUCUGCAGGAGUUGGGAUAAAGAAAGGCAAUGACCUGAAACGGUUUUCUGAAGAAAGAAAUGGUCGUCCAAAGCCGAAGAAGAAGAUGAAGAAAGAAUCUGGGUCAGAGCUGAACCGUGACAGUCCAAAUAAGAGGAAAGCUUUGUCUUCUGGGGAAGCUUGGGCCAAGAAAUCAUCUCAAUUAGAUUCAUCAAAUAGACACUCCAAUAUGAUGAUUAUGAGAAACUCUAGACUUGAUGGUCGGACGCUGUUGAGUAAUUUGCAAGCUCUGUCGCUUGACCCUUUCUUUGGAUCCUCGGAUAGAAGUUCUACUAGAGUUGUAAGACAGUUCUUUUUGCGUUUCCGAUCGUUUGUUUACCAGAAAAGCUUGGCCGCAUCUCCUUCCACGACAAACCCGUCAAAAUGUGCAAAAAUUUUGAGCAGAACCAAUGAAACAUCAAACUCCAACUCCGAGAGAAAACGCCUUUCCUCUGCCCAGCAACAAGAUGUCCCAUCAACUAAAAAGCUAAAGAAUACCAAUCAGUUCAAACCAAUGGCUUCUGACAAGAAAACCAACCAAGAAGCAACGAAGAGACCAAGUCUUGCACCCUUUAAUCUAGUAAGAGACCGAAGUGGUCCAGUCCCCAUCAAUGCCAAACCGGCUAUAGGUCAACCAGAAAAGAAGAUGGCUCCAUCUGCAAAGGUCGCUGAGCCAACAAUGCUGGUCAUGAUGUUUCCUCCUGGUACGUCUCUCCCUUCCACCGCUCUGCUUAAGGCUAGGUUUGGACGCUUUGGACAGUUGGAUCAAUCAGCUAUCAGAGUUUCCUGGAAAUCCUCGACCUGCCGUGUUGUCUUCCUGUAUAAAGUCGAUGCGCAGACUGCCUUAAGAUAUGCAUCAGGAAGCAAAUCUAUCUUUGGCAACGUGAACGUGACAUACUUUCUCCGCGACAUGAAUGCUUCCUCUGCACCCGGAGAUCAUGAACUGAAGAAAGCCAAGACAGACGAACCAAUCACUGAACCAUUGAACGAGCGGCUAGAGCAAACACCGCCAGUUAGCCAACCAAACAUCCAGCUCAAGUCCUGUUUGAAAAAACCAUGCAAGAACGGUAAUGGUAACCACAGAACAGCACGAGUGAGAUUCAUGUUGGGUGGGAAAGAAACAGAGACACUAUUUUUAGUUUCGGGUAGAAACAAUGGAAAUCACGCUUCUUCUUCAUCAUCAUCAUCAUCAUCAUCUGUUGCUAUGGAAUAUGUUAGUCAAAACACGGUUCCGUUAACAUUGCCUCCGAUUCUUCCUCUCUCUUGGCAAAACUCAAAACCGAAGCCUGCUGCUAAUAAUGAAGUGGAUCAAGUCGAGCCACCAUUAGACCCGUCGCAGCAUAAGGUGGACAUCUCCCAGCAGAUGAUAAAGCUAUUAACAAGGUGUAACGAUGUUGUGGCUAACGUCACGGGUUUGUUGGGUUACGUCCCUUAUCAUUCCUUAUGAAAUAGUACAUAUAACUAGAUUCUACAGUAGUAUGGUUUACUUGUACUCUCUC